AUUUAAUUCAAUAAAAGUACUGUACUAACGGAAACAUACAAACUUCCUGUUAAACGAAAUUUCAAAUUUCUUGAAUUCGCUUUCGUAGCUGUAACAAUAACUUAAAAGUUCGCACUAUGAGUUGUGGCAUCUCUUUGGUUAAAUACCUUUUGUUCUUGUUUAAUUUGCUAUGUUCGAUAUGCGGCAUAUUGCUGAUCGUCUUUGGCAUCCUGCUCUUCAGCAAUACACACAAUAUCGACGACAUAGCGGAGGCAGUGCAAACACAGCAAGUGCCCAUCACAAUGAUCGUUUUGGGUUCGGUGAUAUUGCUGAUCUCCUUCUUCGGUUGCUGUGGCGCGAUACGCGAGUCGUAUUGCAUGUCGAUGACGUACUCUGUGCUGCUCUUCGUGUUAAUGAUCGGACAACUCGCCCUGGUUAUAUACAUGUGGGUACAAAAGGACCGAUAUCUGGUAAUGAUGGGCGAUGUCGUCGAAAAGGCUUGGGCGCGUAGAACCCACAAAGCGGACUACAUGGAUGCCAUACAAAUAAGUAUGGAGUGCUGUGGUAAGAACUCUUACAUUGACUACUCAUUCCAAGGCUACUAUCCACCAUCGUGCUGCAAGGGCAACAACUGCAGCAUUGAGAACGUCUAUCGUCGUGGCUGUAAGCAGGCAUUCGUCGAUUUCUGGGAUAAGAACAGUGAUGUUAUCAAAUAUGCGGGUCUGGUUGUCGCCGCUAUUGAGUUUGUUGGCUUCAUCUUCGCCUGCUGCUUAGCGAAUAAUAUUCGAAAUUACAGGCGUCGCUCGGCCUAUUGAGUAUUUUGAGUAUCUGCUAAAACAGAAUCUCAAAUUAAUUUUGCAAAUAUGUAUGUAUUUAUAAAGAGACACAAUAGCGGUAAUGUUUAUACACAAAUUAGUUAUAUGUAUGUAUAAUCCAACGAAACUGGCAACAAAUGUACAAUAAAAGUCGAAAUUUUUAAAUCCGCACACCGUUGCAAUUACAAGCGUA